AUGGAGAAAUUUCAAACCACUUUCAAUUCUAACACCACAUCAGCAAAUGAAGCAUUGAAGAGUAUGGGCUCUCUCUUCAGGACUGAGAAGACGAAACUCCAAGAGAUUUGUACUGGUGUUAAAACUGACCAUGAAUCAUUUCAAGCCACUAUCUCGUCUCAGCUUUCUCAGCUUAAAGACGAACUGGUAAAGGAGAGUACCCUCAAGGACUCUCUCGCUCUCAAGUCAGAAGAAGCCAAGGUGUUAAGCACCAAACUCGAAGCUUCGGAGAAGCAGGUCCAUGAUCUGUUAUCUGAGAGGUCAGUCAUGCGAAGCAGUAUAACUGAUGUUACUGGCAUGCUCCCGGAUAUCAUUGAGACCAGGGACUCCAUGAUCACCAUCACCAUGCGUAAGCAUCUGGCAGAAAAGUUAAGACCAGUCUUCGCCAUGCUUCACCGCCUUGAAGGUGUUUCUGAUCAAUCCUUUCAUCCGAAACAAGGGGAGAAAGUGUGGCUGGUGGAUCAAGAAAAGAAGGACCUAAAGCUCCUAUCAAGCCUAUUGAAAAGAAUGAACCCAAAGGGAAGGAAAAGCUGUCCCGUGACGACCCAAUAA